AUGUUGCUGGGCUUUGCCGGUGCUGCAACUAUGCGGCGACUUGGGAUGGCAUCGCGCAUUUGCAGUGCACCUACGUGUCCCAAUACUGCACACCGUACAUUUACACGCGUGCGCCUUGCAUCGUGGGUCCAUACGACACCAUCGUGCUGGAGCGAGGCAAAGAAUGCAGAGAGCGGUGCUGCGAAUAUCGUGCAUAGUGCUCCGCCCCAGCGGCCCAAGUUCUCGCUGAAGCCAUAUAUGGAGCUUGCGCGGCUUGACCGGCCCAUAGGAACGUGGCUCCUUUAUCUUCCAUGCUCGUGGUCCAUCACGAUGGCGUCUCACUACGUCGACGCGCCGAUCUCUGUAUGGCUCACUAACCUCGCACUUUUUGGCGUGGGGGCUGUUGUGAUGCGAGGUGCAGGCUGCACUAUUAAUGAUAUGUGGGAUGUUGAGUACGACAAAAAGGUUGAGCGCACCAAGGACCGUCCCCUCGCAUCCGGUGCUGUAUCCUACAAACAGGCCGGCGCAUUCCUAGCGUUGCAGCUCACAGCUGGCCUCGGCGUGCUAGUAAAUCUGAACACGAACAGCUGCUACUGGCCUGUUGUGCUGCCACUGUACGCGAGCACAACCGUCUGGGGUGUGGUGUAUGAUACGAUAUAUGCGCAUCAAGACAAGGUUGACGACCGCAAGUCCGGCGUAAAGAGCACUGCAAUCUUGUUUGGCGACCGGAAAACGAAACCAAUCAUUGCCGCAUUCACCCUCGUAUGGCUGGCGCUGCUCGCAUACUCAGUCAACACGGAGAGCCCCAUUUUCGCGUCGUCCACUGCAUCGGACGGACAGCCGCGGAGCCUGCGCGAAUGGAUGACAAACACGCUCUAUUACGGCCAUCCAUUCUUUGCCCUAUCGUGGCUUGGUGCUGCUGGGCAUAUGGCGUGGCAGAUCAAAACGGUGGACCUGAACAACCGUGCGGACUGUUGGGCCAAAUUCAGCAGUAACCGCGUGCUUGGACUGAUUGUAUUUUCCGGCCUUGCUGCGGAUUACCUCUACCAAAAAAAGUACGCGCCAAAGAAAGCAAGCCGUGAAGCACAGAUAAUAAUGCAAUCUUAA